UCCCUAGCUAUUCCCCUCCACUGAAAACCCUAAGUCACCCCCCCCUCUCCCCUCUCUCUCUCUCUCUCUCUCUCUCUCUCUCGCCGUCAACCCAUCCGCCGCCGUCGACCCCUCCGCCUCCGGUGUUCGCCGCUGCCUCUGCCUCCGGUUGUCAUCGCCGCCUCCGCCUCCGCCACCGGUCGCCGCCGCCGCCUCCAGAUCGGCCUCCGUUCCUCUUUCUCCAGCUUGGCCGACCGACUUUCAGCAUUUGUAUUUUACGGCCUGCAUCAUCUCCGUCAGAACUUCCACUACAACUGCCACGUCGUCCGGCGUCCUCCUCUUGCUUCCUCACCACUAUCAUCUCCUUUCCAGAACUUUCUGAGACUUUAUGGGCAUUGGGCUUUCAUUUCUCUUCACGACGCAGAAACCUCCGUCGCGUCGUCGGAAUCGAGUCUUAGUCGUAGUGUAACUUGACAGAGAGUGGCCUCACCUCGGUCGUAGUGUACUUGGAUCUAUCGGAGAAUAUAUAGGACAACCUUGCUGAACAGAUCCUCUCGCGGCGCUUCCUCGAUUAGAUGUUGUUUGGGAAUCCAAAUUACCCAAGAAUUAUCACUCCAUUAUUCCUAUGAUGGCGGCGACAAGGAGGAAGCGUUGAUGUUGCUCUUGAGCCUCCUGUCGAACUCAAACUCGGGUUUGUUUCAUUCCGGCGAUGUGAUUCACGUAGACUAUGGCUACGAAAUUUGGCGCUAUAACUCGACAGUUCGGUUGUCGACCUCGACAGCGCCUAUUCAAGACAUCUCCUUCGUCGGAGCCACCAGAAACGGCUUCCUCCAGUAACACAACGAGGAGACCAUCUUUUACAGAGAAUUGUUAUUCCCACACUCCAUCCUCCAAAUUUCUUGUUCACUGCAACUCCCAGAUAACUAAAAAUGGUCAAAGUGGUAAUAUCAGAGCAGCUGAGAGCAUUUUCAAUCGCAUGGCCAUAAAAAAUGUGGUUUCUUGGACUGCGAUGCUGACUGCAUAUGCGGACAAUGAGCAAAUUAAGCAAGCCCGUCAGGUAUUCGAUGAAAUGCCUGAACGAAGUGUUGCGUCCUGGAAUGCAAUGAUCACAGCUUAUAUUCGUAGCACUGGUGGAGUAAACGAAGCUGGUGAGUUGUUUACGCAAAUGCCUGAGCGAAAUGCUGUGUCUUAUGGUGCAAUGAUCACGGGUUUUGUUCAGGCAGGAAUGCUGGAGAAGGCUGAGGAGUUGCAUGCAGAGAUGCCUCUGACUUGGCGGGAUCCAGUUUGUUCAAACGCUUUGAUUUCUGGGUACCUGAAGAUGGGUGAAUUGGAGGGAGCCAUUCGAGUUUUCGAGGGCAUGGCAGAGAAAGACGUGGUUUCUUGGAGCUCAAUGCUUGAUGGGUACUGCAGGGAUGGGAGAAUUGUGGAGGCUAGAUAUUUGUUUGAUAUGAUGCCACAGAGGAAUGUGGUUACUUGGACUGCAAUGAUACGUGGGUAUCUGAAGAAGGGGGAUUUCAGAGAUGGUUUCCGGUUUUUCUUGGCGAUGAGACGGGACGAUAGUGUGAAAAUCAAUUCUAGGACACUGACUGUAAUGUUUGAAGCCUGUGGAAACCUUGGCAAAUAUGGAGAAGGGUAUCAAGUGCACGGUUUAGGUGUGCAUAUGGGGUUUGACUUUGAUGUCUUCCUGGGAAAUUCUGUUAUCGCCAUGUAUUGUCGGUUUGGUUGUAUGGAUGCUGCCAGUACUUUGUUUCACACAAUGAACCAGAGAGAUGUCGUUUCGUGGAAUACUCUGAUCGCUGGUUAUAUCCAAGAUGAAAAUAUUGAAGAGGGUUACAGACUUUUUAAGGAGAUGCCUGAGAAAGAUGUGGUUUCUUGGACAACCAUGAUCGCUGGGUUCUCUAGCAAAGGUGUUACAGGAAAGUCGGUUGAGUUGUUCAAGGCGAUGUCACCAGAGAAGGAUGAUGUUGCUUGGACUGCUGUUAUUUCAGGCUUUGGGAACAAUGAGGAAUAUGAGGAGGCUAUCUGUUGGUUCAAACGAAUGCUUCACGAAGCUGUACGACCAAAUCUUCUUACUUUAAGUAGCGUGCUGAGUGCCUGUGCUGGAUUGGCAGCAUUAAACCAAGGCUUGCAAAUGCAUGCUCGUGUUCUGAAAACAGAGAUGCAAUUUGAGGUAUCCAUCCAAAAUGCUCUCGUCUCAAUGUAUUCGAAAUGUGGAAAUAUCAGUGAAGCCUGUCGCAUAUUCGAAUCCAUCGCAGACCCCAACAUUGUUUCCUUUAACUCAAUGAUAACUGGAUUUGCACAGAAUGGACAUGGCAAAGAGGCAGUCGAAUUGUUGAAGAAAAUGCGAGAUGGGGGGAAAGAACCUAAUGACAUUACCUUCCUUGGGGUCCUCUCGGCCUGUACCCACACGGGACUAGUUGAAGAAGGAUGGAACUGCUUCAAGGCCAUGAAAUCUUCACAUAACAUGGAGCCGGGGCUAGAUCACUAUGCCUGCAUGGUUGAUCUUCUUGGCAGAGCAGGCUUGCUAGAUGAAGCAGUGAAGUUGAUCGAUUCCAUGCCAUUCCAGCCCCACUCAGGUGUUUGGGGUGCUCUUCUUGGUGCAAGCAGGACUCAUUUUCGGCUUGAUCUAGCAAAGCUUGCAACUCAACAUCUCUUUGAGCUGGAGCCUUACAGUGCAACGCCUUAUGUGGUAUUGUCAGACAUGUACUCUCUUUCAGGAAAAGUGAAGGAUGGGGAGCAAGUGAGAAUAACCAAGAAAUCCAAAGGGAUAAAGAAGAUUCCAGGCUGCAGUUGGGUUAUAGUGAAUGAUAAGGUUAAUUUGUUCUCUGCUGGCGAUCAAUCCCAUGAAGACUUUCAAGAGAUUGCAAGGACAUUAUGGGUAAUUACGGAUGAAAUGCAGCAACUGGAUAAUCAGUACAAUGGUUGGGGGGACAUUUUCUCAAUGCUGCAAUGGGGUGAUGGGAGGACAGACAGACAAAAAGAAUGAGGAAGAGAGUUUUAUGUUAAGGGCAUUUUAGGUAUUUUCUUAAAAAUUUAUUUGGCAUGGGAUCGGCAAUAUAAGCUAUUAACCAAGGGGUACUUACAGUAAUUUUUUAGAAAUAAAAUAUUUAUGCCAUUGCUAAGGUAGUUAGUGCAAUUUAUUAUAUAUAUAUUUUUUUAUAAGCUUGAGUUGCCCUUAACAGGAACUGAUUACCAAAUUCUUAAUCCUGCUGCCAUGACUACUUUGUGAGAUUGUUUCUAUGAUGAACAAUAGCAUUUAUGAGCCUAUGCU